AUGGGACAACUCGAGUCACAAAUGCAACCCAGGAACAUCAUUAAAGACAUAUUUAAUAAAACCAUGAAGAGCGACUUCUGCCAGCGUUUCGCCGACUGCAUUUCCCAUGCGUCCCAGCGGACCCGAGAGUACCUGGUCUUUAAGGAUCCCGAAAACAAGUUUUGUGUCAGCUCUUCACUCCUGAAAGAGAUUUUUCUCAUGACAUACAUCAGCCGCAGUGUGCAGCUGCAACUCCCCGAAAUGGUCAACUGCACCAUUAUGACCCCGAAGCAGGAGAUUCUGAUGGGCACAGACUGGGUCUGGGCUGUGCUAGACGACUCUUCCAAGGACCCCAAGGUUCAGAUCGCAGUUCACGUCUUCCAUCUGGCAGGAGAGGAGAAUGUGCCCAGCGAUCAGGUGGUGCCCAUGACGGAGGCCGUGCAGAUGGCCAAGCUUGAGGCGUCUGACAAAACCAAGCAGGAGAAGAUCAUCACCUUCUGCUCCUCCAUUGGCAAAGACUGUUACACUCUCUUCAUGUUCUUUGGCACCAACAGUGACCCCGCUAAUAUUUAUGGAGUCCUCAGCAACAACUUCCACGUUGCAUUUGGGAAAGGAGUGGAUAUCAACAAGGCCUUCAUUGAGAACUUCUUGAAACGUUCAGAAGCCUACAACUCUCCGGCUAAAAUGCUGCAAACCAUCCUACACAAGGGAUCACGGCAAGAAGAGACGAUAACGAUGGUGGUCAAGUUUACUUGA